AACAAAAACAAAAACAACCUCUUUGGUUUGUUACAUCGGUGGAUACGCGGUGGAGCCCUAGAUUUCAAGCUAGGGUUUAUUUGCAUUCUAAUUCCAUCUUGUAGUUUUGCUUUCAUUCGAUUCAGGGGGUUUAAAUUGUUUGCAUUUUUUCAAAUUUCGGUGAAUUUGGAUUUGACAAAGAAAAUGGUGAGGGUAUUGAGAAGCUGCCUACAAUCGAUAUUGAAGCUGGUGAACUCGGUGAUUGGGAUGUCUGGGUUAGCCAUGAUUCUAUACUCUGCUUGGAUGAUUAGGGUUUGGCAGAGGCAGAUGGGUGAGCUUCCCUUUGGUCACGAUUCUGAUUACCCACCUCCGUGGUUCAUUUACACGUUUCUUGGCCUUGGAGUUACAUUCUGUGUAAUCACUUGUUCAGGUCAUGUUGCUGCUGAAACUGCUAAUGGCUGUUGCCUGUAUUUGUAUAUGUUGUUUGUGGUUUUGCUUCUCAUGCUAGAGGCUGCAGUAUCUGUUGAUGUAUUUCUAAACCAGGAUUGGGAGGAGGACUUCCCGAAGGACCCCUCAGGGAAUUUUGAUCAGUUCAAGAAUUUUAUCAGGUCAAAUUAUGAGAUGUGCAAAUGGAUAGGCCUUUCACUUGUUUCUGUACAGGGACUCUCCUUAUUAUUGGCAAUGAUACUCAAAGCACUUGGGCCACAUCAAUAUUAUGACAGUGAUGAUGAAUACGCUCUUGACAGGGUGCCACUCUUGAAGAAUGCUCCACCUCAAUAUGUUGUUGUUGAUCCAGGGUAUGGGCAUGGACCUAAAAAUGAUGCAUGGAUUAGGAAUAGUGACAAGACAAAUAGGUAAGGUCAUUGCUAUAAAUUGAACCUUGACGUUUGGAGCUAUGGAAGGUGGGUGAGGCAAUCCUUUUCGGUGCAAAUGGGCUUAGAUAAGGGACCUGUAUGCUGGAGAUGGAUUAGCUAUUAAAUUAAAGGCUGUGGGAAAAACAAGUGCUUAUCGUGACUCUUGCAUCUGUUGCACCAAUCUCUUACAGUUAUGAUCAAAUAUAUGCAUUAUAUGAUACAUGAUUCAUGUCUAUAGAUCGUGUAUAAAAUCCAAUAAUGAACAACCCCCUGUAUCUUCUGUUGAAAGUAUAUCUAAAGUGGAUCAAUAGAUAUGAAUCUAUAUUCUUUUGG